GCGCUCCGGAGCCGGGCGCACUCCGCUCCGGCCGGCGAAGCCGCGGCCCCAGGGCUCUCCAGCCGAGGGCCAUCAUGCCCCCUGCGUCUCCCACGGGGCCCUCGGCAGCGGCCCCCAAUGCCACAACAGCAACGUGGGCCAACGGCAGCGCGCCCGAGGUGCCCCUGUUCCACCUGUUCGCCCUGUUGGACGAGGAGCUGCACGCAGACUUCCCCGGGCUGUGGCUGGCGCUGAUGGUGGUGCACGGAGCCAUCUUCUUGGCGGGGCUGGUGCUCAACGGGCUGGCUCUGUACGUCUUCAGCUGUCGCACCAGGGCGCGGACGCCGUCCGUCACCUACACCAUCAACCUGGUGGUGACCGACCUGCUGGUGGGCCUGUCGCUGCCCACGCGCUACGCCAUCUUCUACGGCGCCCCAGGCUGCCUGCGCUGCAGCUUCCCGCACGUGCUGAGCUACUUCCUCAACAUGCACUGCUCCAUCCUCUUCCUCACAUGCAUCUGCGUGGACCGCUACCUGGCCAUCGUGCAGCCCGAGGGCGCUCGCCGCUGGCGCCAGCCGGCCUGCGCCAGGGCCGUGUGCGCCGGCGUGUGGCUGGCGGCGGGCGCCGUGACGCUGACCGUGCUGGGCGUGGCGGCGGGCGGCCGGCCUUGCUGCCGCAUCUUCGCGCUCACCGUGCUGGAGUUCCUGCUGCCGCUGGGGAUCCUCAGCGUGUUUACCGGCCGCAUCGUGUGCGCGCUCUCGCGGCCCGGCCUGCCGCGCCAGGGCCGCCAGCGCCGCGUGCGGGCCAUGCAGCUGCUGCUCACCGUGUUGGUCAUCUUCCUGGUCUGCUUCACGCCCUUCCACGCCCGCCAGGUCACCGUGGCACUAUGGCCCGGCGUGCCACACAGCGCCAGCCUCGUGGUCUACCACGUGGCCGUGACACUCAGCAGUCUCAACAGCUGCCUGGACCCCAUCGUCUACUGCUUCGUCACCAGCGGCUUCCAGGCCGCCGUGCGCGGCCUCUUCCGUCAGCCCGGCGCCGAGGGCGAGCUGGGCAGUGGUGACGUGGUCAGCAUGUACAAGAGCUCCAAGGGCUCUGGCCACCAGCGCAUGCUCAGCGUCGGCCCCCGUGCGCUCCCGCCGGCACUGGCUAACGGACCCAAGCCGUAGUCAGCAGGGGCUCAGCACCUGCCAAGGCUCUUCGUGCUCGACUGGUGAUAGCGUCCAAGGCAGUGCACUGUGGCUGACUAGUAAUACCUACCACGGAUCCCAGAUGGGGUGCAGUGGAAGGAGGCCUCGCCUGGGUCAUUUUGUCCACAGAGAAAAGGGACAAAAAUUCUAUAGGGGCUGCAGGAACCAGCACGGGGAGCUGUCCGCGCUGCCUCCAGACUCCUGGAGAAGGAGCGGCGUUGGAGGACACGCA